GGUGGAUCUCUAUCAGUGAUCGCUCUCUCUGGGGCUGGUAGUAGGUGGUGAUAGUCCGCUUCUCGGCUCGGGGGAGUAAAGUUGUGUGUGAUUGCCGCAGGAGCUCCGCGGCUCUCCCGGAUAUGGCUCGGUCUGUGUGCGCAGCGCUGUGUCUCCUCUGUUUCGCUUUAUCGCAUGUAUUUGAAUCUGAAGCCAGAAAGGAGUCCUCUUUAGUUCUUCGCAGGCAUAAGAGGGAAUGGAUUGUUCCUCCACAAGUUCUGGAGGAGAAUGUGGACUACACCAAGAAGGAAUUCAUUGCUAGAAUUCGCUCAGACAAGGAUGAUGGACAAAAAAACUUAGUGAGAUAUGCUCUAAGAGGAGUUGGAGUGGAUCAGCCACCCUUUAACCUGUUUGUAGUGAAUCCUGACAAUGGCAAUGUUCGGAUAACUGGACUUCUUGAUCGAGAAAGUAUCCCUCAAUUCAAUCUUUCUGGAGUUGCAACAUUUAUUAAUGGCACAGUGGCAGAGAAUGAUAUUCAGUUGAGGAUAAAGGUGAAAGAUCAGAAUGACAAUGCACCCAUAUUCCCCCCCAGUAUUUCACCAGGCUCUGUGUAUGAACUCAGCCCAGUAGGUACCUCUGUAAUGAGAAUAACAGCCACAGAUGCUGAUGAACCUGGGAACCCCAACUCUCAGAUUCGCUACGAAAUCAUCAACCAAGACCCUGCAGGGGCAGCAAUGUUUAGGAUCGCUCCUAAUGGAGAUGUUCUUGUAAAUGGAGCUAACCUAGACAGAGAGGCCAACCCGCAGUACACACUUACUGUAAAAGCUUCAGACCUCAACGGGGCCCCAGGAUGCAAAUCAGGAACAGCAACAUUCAAGAUCCAGCUCAAGGAUGUAAACGAUAAUGUCCCAAAACUGGAGAAGGAAGCAUAUGAAGGCAGUAUUGAGGAGAACACAGAGAAAGUGGAGGUGAUGAGAAUUAAAGCAACUGAUCUGGACGAGCAGGGCACCGACAACUGGCAAGCCAAGUUCAAUAUUGUCUCAGGCAAUGAAGGGGGCCAUUUCAGCAUUUACACUGAUCCGAACACCAACGAGGGAGUCCUGAUGCUUGACAAGGCUGUCGAUUAUGAAGAGGUGAAAGGCAUGAAUCUGGGCAUUGCGGUGGCCAAUGUGGCUCCAUACCAUCCCUCAGUGACAGGAGGUUCAUCAACAAUUGGAGUGGUGUUCCCAGGAGGAGCUUCGGGAGGUGCAGGUGGCGGUGCAGGUGGCGGUGCUGGUGGUGGCGGAGCGGGAGCAGGAUCAGGUUCGAGCAGUGGAACAUGGACGGGAGGUUCUGGCUCUUGGAGCCCAGGCAGCCCGGGUAGCGCAGGCGGCAUAAAUAGUGGUAAAGUCUACAACGUGAACAUCAAAGUAAAGAACCAGCCCGAGGGUCCACGCUUCAGCCCCAAAGUGAAAGCAAUCCCCAUUUCUGAAGAUGGCAAGACGUUCGACGUAACAAAAGUCAUUGCUACAUACCCUGCUAUUGAUGGGGAUACAAAGUUACCUGCUGAGAACGUGAGAUAUGCCAAAGGCCUUGACCCAGGAAACUGGCUGAGCAUUGAUGAGAAAACGGGUGAAAUUAGACUGAACAAACUUCCAGACCGGGAGUCACCACACUUGGUCAAUGGAACAUACACAGCUAAAGUCCUGUGUAUCAGCCAGGAUGCACCCUAUACAACAGCUACAGGCACCAUCGCCAUUCAGGUCGAGGACUUUAAUGACCACUGCCCUACUCUUACCACCAAUGUGCAGACUAUGUGCACCAUCCAGGAAGCUAUAUAUGUCACUGCAGUGGACGAAGAUGCUCCUCCUAAUGCAGCUCCUUUCACUUUCAGCAUUGUCCCAGAAAAGACCAAGGGAAAAUGGAGUGUGGAGCACUUAAAUGACACGACAGCCAUCUUAAGAUCCCAUGAGCCUCUGUGGCCUGGUCCUCGGGAAGUGACCGUGGAGGUGCGUGACGAGCAAGGGUUGUCCUGUCCAGAACCACAGGUGCUAAAGUUGGACGUGUGCAGCUGUGAUAAGAAUGGCCUGUGUGGUGUACGUGGAGCACAACAGAAGGGAGCAGUUCUUGGUAAAGCUGGAAUUGGCUUGCUCCUCCUGGGUCUCCUCAUGCUUUUGCUUAUCCCACUUCUGCUGCUGUUCUGUCAGUGUGGAGCAGCUGGCAUGGGAGGAGCCUUUGCAGAGAUGCCCUUUGAUACUAAAGAGCACCUGAUUGCCUACCAUACAGAAGGCCAAGGAGAAGACAGGGAUGUACCCUUACACCUUGCUGGACCAGAGGUUGAUUCUGGUGGCCUGGUCAACAUGGGCACUAAAGGCAGCUAUGCAGCUGCUGCUUUUGGAGCUGGUAUGGCAGGAGCAGCAGGAGGAGCAGGAGCAGGUUACAUGGCAUCUACCUUUUCGGGAGGGGGAGGCUAUCAGAUGGAGAUGACCACAAUGGACCAUGGGAUGAGUGCUGCUGGUCUAGGAAUGAUGAGAGAGGAGUUUGAUGAUGGAAUGGCCCUUUCAGGAGAGUAUUUGAAUCAGUACUAUUCACAAAAGAGUAUGGAGCUGGAUGCCACGGCCAAAAACUCCCUGCUGAUGUAUAACUACGAAGGUCAAGGUUCUCCUGUUGGUUCCAUUGGCUGCUGCAGUCUCCUCGAAUCGGACAACGAUCUGGAGUUUCUUAACAACCUUGGGCCUAAGUUCACCACUCUCGCUGAGAUAUGUGGAGGCACAAAGUUCACAAAAGAGGUUGUAGCCCCUCCAGCUGCCGCUCCACCUCCAUCUGUUCCUAAACCGAUUGUGGAACGCCCAAAAGCGGUCUCCAUUGAAACCCACCGUGUCAACACCGUUAAUGUUCCUCCCAAACCUGCGGCAUCUUCCUCUGUGCAUACAGUCGAGAAUGUAAUGGUUACAAACAGCCGUGCCUCAGUAGCAGCUGACGUAAAGCCCGCCACAACUCUGAUUAAUGUGAAGCCCAGCCAGACUCUGAUUGACGUCCAGCCAGCCCAGACUCUGAUGGUUCAGCAGCAGCCCAUGUACUACGUGGUGGAGCCGCAAGUAUCCAACACCAUGCUGUUGGCUGAGAGGCCUACUGUUGGAUUGGGGCAGAACGUGUACAUGCUGAACGGCGCUCCAAUGGCAGAGAGAGUUCUAGUGCAGGGUGCUGUUCCAGCACAGGGCACCAUUGGAGGUGGCAACAGAGUGAUGCUGCUGGAGACAGGCAGAGGAUCCACCCAGGCUCUAAACACAGGCUUGCUGCAGUCGGCUAACUUGUCGGGAUCGCAGCUACUGCUGGUGGACGGGGCUGCACAAGGUGGACAGGUCCUCCAGGGGACGCUGAAUAGAGGUGGAUUAGCUGGCUCUCAAGGCCUGUUGCUCGUAGAUGGGCAGUCAGGUCCCAUGCUGCAAGGGUCUCUCCAAAGAGGUGUUGCAACAAGCGGAUCUCAGAAUAUGCUGUUUAUGGAGGCACAGGGUGGGUCAUCUGGAGUUGUUCAUGGGUUGAUGCAGAGGGGCAUGACCUCCAGCGCAGGGUCACAGAGUGGAACUGUUGGAUUGAACACAGGCUCAGUCCAAAUAAGCGGAGUUCCAUCUACACGAAAAGUCGUCAUCCAAGAGAAGAAGGUUGUAUCAACUCAGCAAAGCUCUCUGUAAAAACGAAUGGAUAAUAAUGGAUAAUCUUCAACCUGAGUGUAGUCUACAGUGAUGCCCUUAUAGCAUUAUCUUAUGCUGCAUUCAGAAGUUUACCUGAAAAGGUUUUCAGCUCUUCCCCCCCCAUUAUGCUAUGCACAUUACAAAUGUUUCCCAAGUAACAUAACAUUUGUUUCGCAUGUAUGUAUUUUUGUUUGUUUGUUUUACAUUUGUUAUGAACUUGGGUAGUGUACUUUUUAAUAUACUAUGCAGUGUCAUAUUUCAAAUAACAGUCCCUUAUGAAGAUCCUUUGCCAUUAGUUACUUAACACUUUAUUUAGGCAUUACCUAUCUUCCUUCAGAAACUUCAGUGUUUCAGCCCUUGUGUCUAUUUUAACAUCCACUUGAAAUUGAUCCAAAGUAAUAAGGUGUUUUGUGGAAAAUAGCUUGAGGCAUAAAAACUACUACACAGAUAUAUUGGUGUGAGUGUGUGAACCUGCUAUGACUACUACACUUUUAUAGCUGUGUAUAACUUUAUUUUUGUAAAAUGUAAACUGCUUUAAAAGUAAGGUCAAAAAGUUAAGGUCAUUUAGUGUGAAUAUUUGAAAAUAAUUUGUACUUUGUUCUCUUUGCGCUUUGCACUGCUUUUAACAAGAUGGAACCUAAAUAUCUGGAUCCCAACGGCUGAAGUUAUUUACACACUGCAGUCACUAAUUACACUAAGGUGAAACGAUGCUAAACACUGAACUCUAAACCAGGAUUCAAAUUCUGGAACACUGUUACAUGCUUUCAUGUGUUUUUGUGCUUGUGAUUAAUAAGAAAUAUUUGCAUUUUGCUAGGUACGUUGUGAAUAUUGUUGUACAAAUUUUGACUUUUUUUUGGCAAUAACUUUUUCAAGGGCUUUUGCUGACUUGAACUUUUAGUUUUUUAGUUUUUAGUUUUAAAUUUAGAGUUAUAGCAGCUAUAAAUAUUUUUUCUGUUUUGAAAGAUUGAAUGUACUCUGCUAUAAACUGCCUUUUUUUUUUUUUUUUUUUUUUUUAGCUAGUGGGCCAAAAUUCUGGAUCUGUCUGUUUUUAUAUUUGGGUAUGGUACUGGAAUAUCGGCAGUUAUUUUGUCUUGUUUACCGAAGACUGGAAUACCAAAAAUUAAUAAAAAAAGAUUAAAAAAGCA